CAAGCAGUGGUUGCUAGCUCUGGGCUCAUGUAACCUAACCUGGCACUUCCACAAGGCAUCCACGUGGAGAGAAUCAAAAUAACGUUACUUUCGCUGCAGCCCAAGCUGUGUCGACUGAAUCGCCUGUUCCAGUUGACUGUUAAAAAAGCAAGAACUUCUCAAGUCUAUGCAAUGGCGCCUACAAUGCAUCAAUGUACUAAAGUUACUACUGGAUCAGAGUCUGUCAAGUCCUGUCUCGAGGAUGAACUCAGAGGGCUUCUUCAGAAGAGGAUUAUGAUCCUAGAUGGUGGCAUGGGCACAAUGAUUCAGCAGAGAAAUCUGGAGGAGGAAGAUUUCAGGGGCCAAGAGUUCAAGGAGCAUUUGAAAAGCCUGAAGGGGAAUAAUGAUCUUCUGAGCAUCACCCAGCCAGACGUAAUCUGCUCUAUACACAAGGAGUAUCUGCUUUCUGGAGCAGACAUAAUUGAAACAAACACAUUCAGCAGCACAAGCAUUGCACAAGCAGACUACGGCCUAGAGAAUUUGGCAUAUCGCCUUAACAAAGCAUCUGCAGAGGUGGCCAGGAGGGCAGCAGAUGAUGUCACUGCUGAAACAGGUACCAAAAGGUAUGUGGCAGGAGCUAUGGGCCCCACCAACAGAACUCUGUCUGUGUCUCCAUCUGUGGAGAGGCCGGAUUACAGGAAUGUCUCCUUUGAUGAGCUUGUGGAAGCAUACACUGAACAGGCCAGAGGGCUGUUGGAUGGUGGAGUAGAUAUCUUGCUAGUUGAGACUGUCUUUGAUACAGCUAAUGCAAAGGCAGCUCUGUUUGCAAUUGACAAACUUUUUGAGGAGUGCUAUGAGCGAAGACCAUUAUUUAUCUCUGGGACUAUUGUGGAUAAGAGUGGCCGUACUUUAUCAGGCCAGACAGGAGAGGCCUUUGUCAUAAGUGUUUCUCAUGCAAAACCUAUGUGUAUUGGUUUAAACUGUGCACUUGGAGCUGCUGAAAUGAGGCCUUUUAUUGAAGCCAUUGGGAAAAGCACUACAUCUUUCAUCAUUUGUUAUCCAAAUGCAGGUCUUCCCAAUACAUUUGGGGGGUAUGAUGAAACUCCAGAGUUAACGUCAGCACAUUUAAAGGAAUUUGCCACUGGUGGGCUUGUGAACGUCAUUGGAGGUUGUUGUGGAACGACACCUGCUCACAUACGGGCAAUCGCUGAAGGAGUGCAACAUUGUCAGCCCAGAGUUCCUGCCCCAAAUGUUUUCAAUGACUACUUAUUACUAUCAGGCCUUGAGCCUUUUCGUGUAGGUCCAUAUACAAACUUCGUCAACAUUGGUGAGCGCUGCAAUGUUGCUGGAUCACGCAAAUUUGCCAAACUCAUCAAGGCCGACGACUAUGAGGAAGCAUUGAGCAUCGCUAAAGCUCAAGUGGAGAUGGGCGCCCAGGUACUAGACAUCAACAUGGAUGAGGGUAUGCUGGAUGGUCCUGUUGCCAUGACACGUUUCUGUAACCUCAUUGCUUCAGAGCCUGAUGUUGCUAAGGUACCGUUGUGCAUCGACUCGUCUAACUUUGCGGUCAUCGAGGCAGGCCUAAAGUGCUGUCAGGGGAAGUGCAUUGUAAACAGCUUGAGCUUGAAGGAGGGGGAGGCUGAUUUUCUAAAGAAGGCCAACCUUGUCCGUCGCUAUGGAGCUGCACUUGUUGUCAUGGCAUUUGAUGAAGAGGGGCAGGCAACAGAGACUGAGAGGAAAGUGGAGAUCUGCAGCCGGGCCUACCAUCUCCUGGUCACUAAAGUAGGCUUCAAUCCCAAUGACAUAAUCUUUGACCCCAACAUCCUCACCAUUGGCACAGGCAUAGAGGAGCACAGCAUAUAUGCCAUCAACUUCAUCAAGGCCACCAGAUGCAUCAAGGAGACCUUGUCUGGGGCCAGGGUAAGCGGAGGACUGUCCAACCUAUCCUUCGCCUUCAGGGGAAUGGAGGUGAUCAGAGAGGCCAUGCAUGGAGCCUUCCUCUACCAUGCCAUCAAGGAUGGACUGGAUAUGGGCAUAGUCAAUGCAGGCAAUUUGCCUGUUUAUGAUGACAUUGACAAGGAAUUAUUGGAACUUUGUGAGAACCUCAUCUGGAACCGUGACCCAGAUGCCACAGAGAAACUACUCGUUUAUGCUCAGGCCGCAGCCAAAGGAGGGAAGAAGGUUGUGCAAACCGAUGAGUGGAGGAAGGCAAAUGUCGAAGAGAAACUUGAAUAUGCAUUGAUAAAGGGUAUUGAUAAAUAUGUUGUUGAGGACACCGAAGAGGCACGGGCUAACUCUUUGCGCUACCCUCGACCUUUGCAUGUGAUUGAAGGACCCCUGAUGAACGGCAUGAAGAUCGUGGGUGAUCUCUUCGGUGCUGGAAAGAUGUUUCUGCCACAGGUGAUAAAGUCUGCUCGUGUGAUGAAGAAAGCUGUUGGCUAUUUAAUCCCCUUCAUGGAAAAGGAGAGAGCGGAAAUGCAGGCAAACUCUUCAUCUGUGGACAUAGAUCCAUACCAAGGCACUAUUCUGCUUGCUACUGUUAAAGGAGAUGUUCAUGACAUUGGUAAAAACAUUGUGGGUGUUGUGCUGGGAUGCAACAAUUUCAGGGUAAUCGACCUGGGGGUCAUGAUUCCAUGUGAUAAAAUCCUAAAGGAGGCAAUAGAGAAAAAAGCAGAUAUCAUUGGUCUGUCUGGCCUCAUCACUCCAUCUCUGGAUGAAAUGAUUCAUGUAGCAAAGGAGAUGGAACGCCUUGGGAUGCAGAUCCCUUUGUUGAUUGGGGGUGCAACCACGUCCAAGACUCAUACUGCUGUAAAAAUUGCCCCGAGUUACAGUUUCCCAGUGGUACACGUUUUGGAUGCUUCACGGAGUGUUGUAGUGUGCAGUCAACUUCUCGAUGAGGAUUUGAAAGACGAGUACUUUGAAGAAGUUUCUGAGGAAUAUGAAGAAAUCCGGCAAGAUCACUUUGACUCAUUAAAGGAACGACGCUUCCUUUCUCUCAGCCUGGCAAGGGAGAGAGGUCUACACAUUGACUGGCAGGCUCAGCCUAGACCAGUACUUCCACAGAUCAGUGGCACACAUGUCUUUGAGACAUAUGACUUACGGAAGCUGGUGAGUUUUAUUGACUGGAAGCCCUUCUUCGAUAUUUGGCAGCUGAGAGGCAAAUACCCUAAUAGAGGCUAUCCCAAAAUCUUCAAGGAUAAAACAGUAGGAGAGGAGGCCAGAAAAGUAUUUGAUGAUGCCCAGAAACUUUUAGAUAAGCUCAUAGAUAGCCAAGAGCUUUGGGCUCGAGGACUAGUAGGUUUCUGGCCAGCACAAAGUGUGGGGGAUGACAUCCAUGUGUAUGCUGAGAACACCUGCCCACAACUCAGCCAGCCUAUUGCCACCUUUUAUGGGCUCCGGCAGCAGGCUGAGAAAGACUCCGCAAGUUCAGACCCUUAUCUUUGCCUAUCUGACUUCAUUGCACCUAAAGACAGUGGUGUCUGUGACUACAUUGGACUCUUUGCUGUGGCCUGUUUUGGUGCUGAGGAACUAAGUCGGAAAUUUGAGAGCCAAGGCGAUGACUACAACAGCAUCAUGGUCAAAGCACUUGCUGAUCGGCUUGCUGAGGCUUUUGCUGAAGAACUUCAUGCCAGAGUUCGCAAAGACUUGUGGGGAUACUCUACUGAAGAGGACCUCCAGGCUUCGGACAUGCAUCGCAUCCGCUACUCUGGCAUCCGCCCUGCGUCUGGCUAUCCCAGCCAGCCAGACCACACAGAGAAGAUCACCGUGUGGAAGCUGGCUGAUAUCCAGGAGAAGACGGGUAUUGGAUUGACUGAGUCUCUGGCUAUGACUCCUGCUGCUGCUGUCUCAGGGCUGUAUUUCUCCAAUCCAAAGUCCAGCUACUUUGCUGUGGGAAAAAUCACCAAAGAACAGGUUGAAGACUAUGCCAACAGAAAACAGAUAUCCGUAGCUGAUGUGGAACGCUGGUUGGGACCAAUCAUCGGCUAUGCUACUGACUGAUCCACACCUGCUGCUGUGAUUCCAGUAUCAACCCUUUAUCCAGUGUUUACAUAAUUCUCAGGACUUUUAGAAGUGUAUUUGUAAACGUCAGGUUUGUUUUUGUCUUUUAACACACAUUUUUUAAAAGAAUCAUUUUAAUGACCAAGCAUUGUUGCAUGGUCCUUUUAAUAGUGACCUUGCCAGUAAAAUGGCAGACAACCUUCUUAGCCCUAAUUAAUAAGAAUGCACCUCUGAGAAGAUUUAGAGUUUGUGGAAAAGACAACCCAUGGUUUAAUGAAUCUAUCUAAUCCUCUAUUAGAGCAAGGGGUAAUGCAUAGGCCAAGGCUAUAAAAGGAAUGAUGCCAGACACUGGUUAAUUAUGGCGUUUAGUAACAAAUUCACUAGAUUGAAGGAUAUCCCAGUUAUAUCCUUAUCGUGCUACAAACUAAAUGUUUCCUUUGUUGGCGAUAUGAAUGGGAAUCAGGGGGAUAAUGGGAUAAUGACCUUUUAGGUGUCACAUUAUACUACAUGAAUAGACUCCGCAGAGGAAACUCCACUCCGCUUUGUGUUGACUUCUAUUUCUUUGACUCAUCCAAUAAUACUGUUUAGUGGGACACCUCUGUGGCCCUUAUUCCUUACAUAAGGGUCGAAGGCACCCUUUACUUUUAAAAAAUCAAAGAAAAAUUAAGGGUAAACACAAUAUUUCAAAUGUAUUUAGCAAGCCUUUAAUCAAUGAUAAAGAUGAAAAGCCUUUAAUCUUAAACACUCAACCAAGUCUCCUUGGGGUUUUUAACCCUCUGAGGACUGAGGGUACUUUCAGACACUCUGGAUCCAGUAUUUCAAGUUGCUUACAUUUUCAAUAAUAUCAUAGCAUGCCAAAAUCAAAAGUCAAAUAUACUUAUUUAUUUAUAAGUCCAGGCACAAUAACAUGUCAGUGGUAUGUAUGACUGUUUGACCUGUUUUUUUGUCCAAAACCACUAUCAAAUAAACAUACUGAAAAAAUCUACAGCUAUCAAACUUA